AUGAGGAGCCCGCUGGUGCUGUCACGUGACCCGCCAACCUGCGGUACCUCGGGGCCGAACUUGCAGCUGCUCUUAAAGACCCUCACCCGCCCGGUCGGAGCCAAUUCUGGACGCUCCCUGACUUUGAACCCUUCGUGGGACCUGAACUUGAUGCCAUGGGAGGUUGUGCGGGCUCGCGGCGGCGCCUUUUGGAUUCGGAGGAGGAGGAGACCGCCCCGGAACCUCGGCCCCCUCGGUCUGACCAUAAGGGAGCCCUUUGGAAGAACGUGAUGGGUUUCUGGCUCCUGGGCCUUUGCAACAACUUCUCUUAUGUGGUGAUGCUCAGCGCUGCCCAUGACAUCCUUAGCCACCAGAGGGCAUCUGGGAACCAGAGCCAUGUGGACCCAGACCCUCCGCCUACUGCCCACAAUAGCUCAUCUCGAUUUGACUGCAACUCUGUCUCCACGGCUGCAGUGCUCCUGGCAGACAUCCUCCCCACCCUCAUCAUCAAACUGCUAGCUCCCCUUGGUCUGCAUCUGCUGCCCUACAGCCCCCGGGUUCUUGUCAGUGGGAUUUGUGCCGCUGGAAGCUUCAUCCUGGUUGCCUUUUCUCAUUCAGUGGGGACCAGCCUGUGUGGUGUGGUCUUGGCCAGUAUCUCGUCAGGUGUGGGAGAGGUCACCUUCCUCUCACUCACUGCCUUCUACCCCAGGGCUGUGAUCUCCUGGUGGUCCUCAGGAACUGGGGGAGCAGGACUGAUGGGAGCAUUGUCCUAUCUGGGCCUCACCCAGGCUGGCCUCUCCCCUCAGCACACCCUACUGUCCAUGCUGGGUAUCCCCGCCCUGAUGCUGGCCAGCUAUUUCUUUUUGCUCACAUCUCCUGAGCCCCAGGACCCUGGAGGGGAAGAAGAGGCAGAGACAUCAGCGCGGCAGCCCCUGAUAGACAGUGAAACCCCAGAGUCGAAGCCAGACUCCAGCUCAAACCUCUCCCUUCAGGAAAGGUGGACUGUGUUCAAGGGCUUGCUAUGGUACAUUAUCCCCUUGGUCCUAGUUUACUUUGCGGAGUAUUUCAUCAAUCAGGGGCUGUUCGAGCUCCUGUUCUUCCGGAACACAUCCCUGAAUCAUGCUCAGCAGUAUCGCUGGUACCAGAUGCUCUACCAGGCUGGCGUCUUUGUUUCCCGUUCUUCUCUCCGUUGCUGUCGCAUCCGUUUCACAUGGGUCCUGGCCCUGCUGCAGUGCCUCAACCUGGCCUUCCUGCUGGUGGACGUGUGGUUCAGCUUCCUGCCCAGCAUCUACCUCGUCUUCCUGAUCAUUCUGUAUGAGGGCCUCCUCGGAGGUGCUGCCUAUGUGAACACCUUCCACAACAUUGCCCUGGAGACAAGUGACCAGCACCGGGAAUUUGCCAUGGCAGCUGCCUGUAUCUCAGACACUUUGGGAAUCUCCCUGUCAGGGCUCCUGGCCCUGCCUCUGCAUGACUUCCUUUGUGACCUGUCUUGAUACUCUGGCUUCUCAGGACAUGGAAAACACUAACCUAGGCCUACACUGACAGACAGGUGAGCGCUGGCGCACAGCCCAGAGCCAACUCACCAGCUCCGCUUCAGACUUUCCAAGGGCAAGCAGCGGGGGCACAGAGAAGUGCUCAGGUCCCAUCCCCCCUUUGAGCAAGAGCCCACGAGGUUUUUGCCUACUCCCAGGCUGGCCUUGGGGAGUUUCUUCACAGCGUGACUUCCUCACAAUAAAUGCCUGUUUUACCAAUUGUA